AUGGUGAAAGGCCUCGAGGACCUUUUGCAGUGGCCACAAAUCAGCAAGUGCAGAUCACCUGAACUGGAGACAUUUUCAUGUUAUUGGACUGAUGGAAAUUUUUAUAACCUCACUGCUCCAGGAACAAUACAACUAUUGUACAUGAAAAGGAAUGAUGAAGACUGGAAAGAAUGCCCUGAUUAUAUCACUGCAGGAGAAAAUAGUUGUUAUUUCAACACAUCCUACACCUCUAUUUGGAUACCGUAUUGUGUUAAGCUUGCCAAUAAAGAUGAAGUAUUUGAUGAAAAAUGUUUCAGUGUUGAUGAAAUAGUACUACCUGAUCCCCCUGUCCACCUUAACUGGACUCUGCUAAAUACUAGUCAGACUGGGAUCCAUGGGGAUAUCCAAGUAAGAUGGGAUCCACCACCAACAGCAGAUGUUCAGAAGGGAUGGAUUACUCUGGAGUAUGAAUUGCAGUACAAAGAAGUUAAUGAGACAAAAUGGAAGGAGUUAGAACCCAGGCUCUCAACAAUGGUUCCACUGUACUCUCUGAAGAUGGGAAGAGAUUAUGAGAUACGAGUCCGAUCAAGACAACGUACCUCCGAAAAAUUUGGGGAGUUCAGUGAAAUCCUUUAUGUAUCUUUUUCUCAAACAGGCGUUGAAUUUGUUCAUUGUGCUGAAGAAAUUGAGUUUCCAUGGUUCUUAGUUGUUAUCUUUGGAGCAUGUGGGCUGGCCAUAACAGUGAUCUUAAUCCUGUUGUCCAAACAACCAAGGUUAAAAAUGCUGAUUUUUCCUCCUGUGCCAGUUCCAAAGAUUAAAGGGAUUGACCCAGAUCUCUUGAAGAAAGGAAAGCUAGAUGAAGUGAACUCCAUCUUAGCCAGCCAUGACAGCUACAAGACACAUCUAUACAAUGACAACUUGUGGGUUGAGUUUAUUGAGUUGGACAUAGAAGACCCUGAUGAAAAGAACAGAGUCUCAGAUACCGACAGGCUCCUGAGUGAAGAUCAUCUGAAAUCACAGAGUUGCUUGGGAGCAAAGGAUGAUGAUUCUGGACGGGCCAGUUGUUGUGAACCAGAUAUUCCAGAGACAGACUUCAGUGCAAGCGACACAUGUGAUGCCAUCUCUGAUAUUGAUCAGUUCAAAAAGGUAACUGAAAAAGAAGAGGAUCUCUUGUGCCUUGAUAGGAAAGAUAAUGAUGAGUCACUUCCAAGUCUUGCCAACACAGACACCCAAAAGCUGCAUACUAAUACUCAGUCCAAAAAUAGCCAGUUGUGGCCACCUUUUGCAGACAGCAUUGACUCAGCUAGUCCAUCAGUCCAUACCCAGCUAAGUAACCAGAAUUCAUUGACAAAUACUGACUUUUACGCGCAAGUGAGUGAUAUUACUCCAGCAGGCAGUGUUGUACUUUCGCCAGGGCAGAAAUCCAAGGUGGGGAGAGCACAGUGUGAAGGCUGCACAGAACAGAACUUCACCAUGGACAACGUCUACUUCCAUGAGGCAGAUGUGAAAAAAUGUAUUGCUGUGACUUCCCAUGAAAAGGAUGAGCCGCAUGUUCAGGAGCAAAGCUGUAAUGAGGACGCUUACUUCACCACAGAGAGCCUUACCACUACCGAUGUCAAUCUUGGAGCUUCAACAGCAGAAACCCCAAGUUCAGAGAUGCCUGUCCCAGACUAUACGUCUAUUCAUAUCAUUCACUCUCCACAAGGCCUUGUGCUCAAUGCAACUGCACUGCCUGUGCCGGACAAGGAAUUUAACAUGUCUUGUGGCUAUGUGAGCACAGACCAGCUGAACAAAAUCAUGCCGUAGCUCUUCUUUGACUAGGUGUGUGCAGUAUUUCACAGCAGAGUCAGCUCGGGGUUGUAUGCUGAAACCAAAAUGAAGUCUAAAAGUUUCUCAUGGUUCUUAUAAUUUUAUCUGAAAUGUUGAAACAUAAAAUAUUCAUCAAAAUAUUCCUAUUGUGUUCUGUAAAUAUUAUCUAUGACUUUGUCUUGAUACUUUUACUAGCAGUGAUUGUCUUGUUCUUGUGGGUGUUGAUUUUUGCGAUACUAAACAUUGAAAUGACUAUGUUUAAUGUACAGUAAAUCAUGCAUUUUGAUAAAGUAAAAAAUCAGGUGGUUUAAAGUCUAAUAAUUUAGUAAAAAUCAUGCUGUUGGCAGAGAUCUUUAUAUCAAUAAUU